UGACCCUUACUUUCCCCGCCCCCAGCGCCGCUGCUGGGCGGGGACGGAGACCCGCCUCUGCGCUCUGCGGCAGCGUGUGACGUCACGGGGCGGGGCUUCGCGCGGGCGGAAGGUGGGACCAAGGCCUAGAGCCGGCGAGUUGCGCCACUCACACGCGGAAAGGAGCUAACGGGACAGCGGUGUUAGCCAAUCGCAAUCAGCGCUCCGGAGGCGGAGGGAGGGGUGGAGACUUCGGAUACCGGCGUUGCAGGAGGCCAGUGGGCCCGAGGCUGCCCCCGAGCCGCUGGGCCCCUGUUGACCUUUUUGUUCUCACCAUCAAGUGAAUCAUGCUGCUUAGCGAUCGCCAAGCCUGAACCAAAUCCCCAGGGGAGAAAGCUGGGGAUUCUCCUGUGGGGGCGCCUUUCUAAGUCCAAAUAGAAAUUGGAUAUGGAGAAUUCAUAUGAUUUCAGUCAACGAAGCUCAUGUAAUGGAAUUCCAUCUGAGAAGACAAACAACUUACUUGUGUCAGAAGAUCAUGGACAGAAAAUCUUGAGUGUACUACAGAAUUUUAGAGAACAGAAUGUCUUUUAUGAUUUCAAAAUAAUCAUGACAGAUGAAAUAAUCCCAUGUCAUCGUUGUGUGUUAGCAGCGUGCAGUGACUUUUUCAGGGCUAUGUUCGAAGUGAACAUGAAAGAAAGAGAUGGUGGGAGUGUUACCAUCACCAAUUUGUCCUCGGAAGCGGUGAAAGCCUUCCUUGAUUACGCCUACACCGGAAAAGCACAGAUCACAGGGGAGAACGUGGAGAUGUUCUUCCAGGUGUCAGCGUUUCUGCAAGUCCCCUUCCUGUCCAAAGCCUGCAGUGACUUCUUAAUAAAGAGCAUUAACAUUGUCAAUUGUUUGCAGUUAUUAUCUAUCUCAGAUAGCUACGGCUCACCCCGUUUGUUUGAUCACGCGUUAUACUUUGUACAGCAUCACUUUUCCUUGUUAUUUAAGUCCAGUGAUUUCUUAGAGAUGAGUUUUGGAGUCGUGCAGAAAUGUCUGGAAUCGGAUGAAUUAGAUGUCCCUGAAGAAGAAACUGUCCUGAAAGUUGUCCUCAAUUGGACCAAAUAUAACCUAGAAGCGAGGCAAAAGCACCUGCCUUAUUUGAUUAAACAAGUCAGAUUGCAUCAGUUACCCGAGGAGACACUUCAAGACUGUCUGCUCAGCGAAGAGCGUUUACUCAGAAGCACCAACUGCUUUGACAUAGUCCUGGAUGCCGUGAAGAGCGUGCAAGGUUCCGGCGGCCUUUUCCCUGAUGCGCGGCCCUCCACCACCGAGAAGUACAUAUUCGUCCACAAAACCGAGGAAAACGGCGAGAAUCAGCACACGUUUUGCUAUAACAUUAAAACCGACUCAUGGAAAAUACUGCCACAGUCCCACCUGGUUGACUUGCCGGGAUCUAGCCUGGCAAGCUACGGGGAGAAAAUAUUCCUGACGGGCGGCUGCAAGGGGCCGUGCUGUCGGACGGUGCGGCUCCACAUCGCGGAGUCCUACCACGACGCCACCGACCAGACCUGGUGCUACUGCCCCGCCAAAAACGACUUCUUCCCCGUGUCCACCAUGAAGACGCCCAGGACCAUGCACGCCUCGGUGAUGGCUCUGCACAGGCUGUUUGUCAUAGGCGGGAAGACCAGGGGAUCUCAGGACACCAGAAGCCUCUUAGAUGUGGAGUCUUACAACCCCCUUUCCAAAGAGUGGGCGUCCGUCAGCCCGCUGCCCAGGGGCAUCUACUACCCCGAGGCGAGCGCCUGCCACAGUGUCAUUUACGUCCUGGGGUCCGAGGUGGAGAUCACAGACGCCUUCAACCCGUCCCUCGAUUGCUUUUUCAGAUACAACGCGGCGACCGACCAGUGGUCGGAAUUAGUGGCGGAGUUUGGGCAGUUUUUCCAUGCCACGCUCAUCAAAGCCGUCCCGGUGAACUGCACGCUGUACAUAUGCGACCUUUCCACCUACAAGGUGUACAGCUUCUGCCCCGAUACCUGCGUCUGGAAGGGGGAAGGGUCUUUUGAAUGCGCGGGCUUCAAUGCCGGCGCGGUGGGAAUCGAAGAUAAGAUUUACAUCCUGGGCGGGGAUUACGCCCCCGAUGAGAUCACCGACGAGGUGCAGGUCUACCACAGCAGCAGGUCCGAGUGGGAGGAGGUGGCGCCCAUGCCCAGGGCCCUAACGGAGUUUUACUGCCAGGUGAUCCAGUUCAACAAGUACCGGGACCCCUGGCUUUCUAACCAUUUCUGAAAGCAGCGUGUGCUCAGGCAUUGCAAAACCAUUCCGGUUCUAGAAACCUAAGGGGAGGUUUGUUAGGUAACAGUUGGUAGAAAAGGCCUUUACAUCCGUAAAUUAACAUUUACCUUCUACUAGAGAA